AUGCAAUCGAAACAAGAAUCGGAUGAACCAGUUUAUCAAAUCAUUUCUACAGAAGAACAUUCUCCUGCUGAUCAAGCAGGGGCUACCGAACGGAAAUUAUAUCAUUCGUGUGACUUAAGCAAAAGUGACUUAACAGUUGAUCAGAUCUUGACAUUAGAAGUUAUAGAUGAAGAUGCCUACCGAGCUAUGCAUAAGUCGCCCUUAAAAUCUAGCUCAGCAGCAGCACAGUCCGAUUCACCAGCUGCACAUACCCAUAUCUAUGACGAUGGUUUCAUCAUUCAAAUCAAUCAUUUUAAUCUAGAGAAAACAAAUCUAAAAUCAAUGCAACAAAAAGCUGUUCUAAGUAAUCCUUGUUUCUUUUUUUUCAUUCAUUGGAAAACUGUAUCUUUGGAACUUAAACCAUCGAUUUCCGAAGAAGAAAAAGCAACGACCUGA